AUGGCUUCCCUUGUUAUCUCCCAAUGCAGCGUCUCCGAUGGCAUCGCCCUAGCUGCCAACAGCAUCCCAGCCUUCUGGGCUGAUCCGCACUGGGUCCUGGCCUGGCGCCAUCGGACCCUCCAGUACCACAUUUCGCAGAUAGCCCUACGCUUCCCGCGCAACCUGUUGAACAACCGGGAGGUCUUACGACAUCAGAAAGCAGUGGAUCCAGAGACUGGUCGCAUACUCGGCUACGCCCGAUGGCGCCUGCCACCGUCUUAUGAGAUCAACCCAGGUGAUGGCACGCCGACAUGGCCCGAGGCUCAGGUCCCGGCGGUCGAGCCCGAGAAAGAGGCCGAGAUUCGGCGGCUUGCCGAGACUGUUGUCUGGGAUCCUAAUGGCGAUGCCGAUGAGCUGUUGGAUCGUGUAAACGCGCUCGAGAAGGAAGUGACGCCAAAGACACCAUAUAUCAGUCUGGAAUACCUUGCGGUGCAUCCGGACAACCAGCGUAAAGGAGUCGGGACUGCGUUGGUGAAGGGCGGGAUGGAGCAGGCAGACAAGAUGGGGUUAGAAAUUUUUGUCCAUGCUUUGAGAGAGGGAGCUGAACUGUAUAAACGAAUGGGUUUUCGACUCAUAGCAGAGCUCGUCCAGGACGACUCUGCGUAUGGUGGCAGUGGGAUGUACGGUACAUAUUUCUUUAUCUAUGAACCUAGAUCGAGGACUGAUCGGGUUUCUGAGCCGGCCGCAGCCUGA